CCUCCUCUGAAGGUUUGGACUAGGAGCAUCCACCCUUUAGGUUUGCAAGAGAAUGCAAAUGUGAGCGAUCCUAGUCACGUAGAGCAGCAAUGCAACAGUCGUGUGGUCUUGCCAUGCUCGGUGGAAGAGUAUCAAGUCGGGCAGCUUUUCUCGGUGGCUGAGGCCAGUAAAAACGAGACGGGUGGAGGAGAGGGCAUUGAAGUGCUCAAGAAUGAACCCUAUGAGAAGGAAGGCGAGAAGGGACAAUACACACACAAAAUCUACCACUUAAAGAGUAAAGUGCCAGGCUUUGUGAAGAUGAUCGCACCAGAGGGGGCAUUAGUUUUCCAUGAAAAGGCCUGGAAUGCUUAUCCAUACUGCCGCACAAUUGUGACUAACGAAUACAUGAAAGAUGACUUCAUGAUUAAAAUUGAAACCUGGCACAAACCUGACACGGGCUCUUUAGAGAAUGUACAUGAUCUGGAUCCCACCACAUGGAAGACGGUCGAAGUCGUGCAUAUCGAUAUAGCCGAUCGGUCUCACGUUGAACCUGGAGAUUAUAAACAGGAAGAGGACCCAGCAAUCUUUCAAUCAGUGAAAACAGGCCGGGGACCUUUAGGACCGGACUGGAAGAAAGAGCUCUUGGCUAAGCCGGACGCCCCUCGUAUGUGUGCGUACAAACUAGUCACCGUCAAGUUCAAGUGGUGGGGCCUGCAAACCAAAAUAGAAAACUUCAUCCACAAGCAAGAGAAGAGAAUCUUCACCAACUUCCACCGUCAGCUCUUCUGUUGGAUUGACAGCUGGGUGGAGCUCACCAUGGAGGACAUCCGCCGGAUGGAGCAGGAGACGCAGCGAGAGCUGGAGGAGCUUCGUAAAACUGGUCAGGUUCGAGGCACCAGUGCUGCUCACGAACAAUGAGGCUAAACUUCAAGAAUCCAACCACGACGACACUUGACGAAAGACAUCACCGCAUCCAACCAAACCGGCCAGUGGCGGCGCCGUCCUCCUCCACCAGCAGACCGCAGAAUGACACAGUGAUCAGUAGUACUGUACUCACACACCUGCCGACAGGGUGGACACGCAUCACGCUCGACCUGUUUUUAGAUUCACGCAGGUUGAUCCUGUGACUUUUUCCACUUUGUUAGAAACAUCAGAGUAUUGCUGUAUGGUUGUGUUACUCGAUUUCAGAAACAAAACGACUUAAUUUUGGCAGGCAUCGGACCAAUUCUUUGUGUUUUUGUUUGGUUUUAUCUGUUUGUAAUGGUUCAGAUCUUUAUUUUCUUGUCUGUGUUUAGUCUUUCCCCCAGAUGAAGCACUUCUUUUGGUUCCUUUAAAAUCCUAAUCACGUUUUAAUUAGUAGAUUGUAAUUUCGUAUCAGCGUAGUCCUGCUUUUCUAAGUAAAAUUUGUGAUGCUACUGCACGGCAUGCACCUUUGUGUAAAAACACACGUCCACCUCCCAAAACCUUUGCCACGAGUGGCUUUUGCAUGAGCUCAGGCAUGUUCUUAAGACACUUUGCGUGACGUAACCCCUCAGGACUCUUCAGGUUCUCCUCACCAAAAUCCAGACUAAUUACCAGAGCAAAUCGCCACUGCUGCUGCUGCUUUUUCUUAUUUUUCGAGUCGCUUUAGGACAAGCAAAGUGCUUUUAUAUUGCUAAUCUACCUGUAACGCUGUCAGGGUUCCCACGAUCUUGGAAAAUCCUGGAGAUAUCAGGGAAAAAUUGUGAUUUCCAGGCACGGAAAAGUCUCAGUUCAUUACAAGUGUGCAUACAUAAAGCAGUUUCCCCUCAGUAAAUUAUAAUAAAAUAAAAU